AUGAACGACUUCUCUCCGAUGAACGUCUCCCCCAUGAAUGUGUCGCCUAUGAACGGGUCCCCUGCGGCCUUCCAGCAACAGCAGCAGCAGCAGACGACGACGACUGAGACGUCCCGGCGAAGAGUGUGGACGUCCGAGGAGGACGACAAGCUCAGAGAGCUAGUGAAGGUGUACGGUGACAAACGAGGCAAGACCGGCAACUGGGAUCAGAUUUCAGCACACCUUGCCGGCCGUACAAACAAGGACUGCAGAAAGCGGUGGUUCCAUUCCUUGGACCCCAAUCUGAAACGGGGCAAGUGGACUAAGGCAGAAGACGAGAUCCUGCUGCGGGCUUUUGAGACACAUGGUGGAGUGUGGCACCAGAUUGCCAAGUUGAUUCCUGGCCGUACAGACGACCAGUGCUCGAAACGAUACAACGACGUUCUGGACCCUCGCAUCUCGGACCGGCUGCGAAAAUGGACCAGAGAAGAAGAUGAGGCUCUGUUGGUCAAGAUCCGAAACCACGGCACCUCAUGGCGCAUCAUCUCCAACGAAAUGGAGGGUCGAACGGGUCUCACUUGCAGGAACAGAUGGAGAAAACUCAUGGCCCAAUACAUUCGACAACGGGAUCUACAUAAGGACACCCCUCCCAUGACGGUGAUCCAGCAUAUGGCGUCGGACGCCGAGCUUCAACACAUCCCCUGGGGCGAGUACAAGAAUGUCAGCUUGAAGGAGGAACAUCUGAGCAGUGACGAGGACGACGAUGAGGAGGAACAGACCAGCCCGGGGUGGAAUUCCCCGGGUCAACCACAACAGCAGCAGCAGGCCAAUGUACCCCAGCCGCCGCAUCAGAACCACCACAUGAUGCAGCAGACCCAGAUCCAUGGUGGUCAGUUACCUCACAUGAUGCAGCAGAAUCAACCCCAGCUUCCACAGCAACAACAACAGCAACAACAACAGCAGCAACAGCAGCAACAGCAGCAGCAACAACCUGGCGCCAUGCAACCUAGUCAGAUACAACAGCGACAUUUACAGCAGCAGCAACAUCAGCAUCAGCAACAUCAGCAACAACCACAACCUCCAACAGCGACAGGAUCUUCCACAGCUACCUCUACUUCCACAACCACAACCACAACCACAUACAAAACAAAACACCAACGUAACAUUCCGGGAGUGGCGCCCUCGUCUUCGGGAGUAGAACUCACGGCGGACGCCAUGGCGUAUCUUCGAGAGCUCUUCUUGUCAUCAGAAAAAGAACUUGUGGUGGAAGUGCAUCAUGUUACCCACAUUCACAACCAUUCUCACAAUCUCACCCUGAACAGCAGUGUGGAGACGGCCUCCACGAGUAUAGGUACCGGUAAUCUUGGCAGUCUCGGAAGUAACGUGAGCAGUAGUGUCAGCAACUCGACACCUACCAUCACACCUACUAGCACUGGAGCUAACAUGGGAUCGCAGAUGAUGCCUUCUAAUGACGUCAUGGCGGAUCAGUACUCGUACCAGCAGUUCUUCAACCAGCCUGUUCAGCAAGGGGUCCAGUCCAACAUGAACUCCAUGCCUCAGGGUCAGCAACAGGGUAACAUGCAUGAUAUCCACGAACAUGAUAUUGAUGGAGCUAUGGCUAUGCUAUAUGGAGAGGACUUUGGUCUUGAUCUGGAAGAGGCUCCCAAACGCCUUCCUGGUGGACAUCCUUUCCGGGGUCUUCCCUUUGCUCCUAGUUAA